AUGACCCCAGGCCACGGACGGAGCAAGAAGUAUCUAACCCAGGCGGAAAUUGUGAAGCUACGCAGAGCUAUGUACCAGCAUCGCCAACGGACUAACCCGCUCGUACCACAUCCCUCGACCGAUGCGCCACACCCUCGUCAAACCACAGAGUAUGUGGAACCGGAGCUCCAUGGAUCGUAUGAACACACGUCUAGUUUGGGAGAGGCUUCACACAAUCUCUCCUGGCCGGUGGAACUUAUCCGUCAGCCGCCGAUCUCGACAAGUGUCCCUGUCGUCGUUCAAGACGCGAUAAAGAACUAUAAACCUCCACCGGGGUUUCAACUAGUAAUCCCUAAGGCAGAUGCGUGUAGCGCUCUUGAGACUCACUUUCAGCUUUCUCCAGUGCAACUUGAAGUGUUUGCCGUAGGGUUGAAGACUCCCCAGCUAUUUCUUGCUGCGAUCGGUGUAGUUGGGCUUGCAGCAGAUGCUGAAUUCUUUUCUCGGAUGCUUCAGUAG